GGAUGGUUCAGGUCCCAUUAUAUUCUGUGCCCACUCUGGUGAAAUUACUACUCUGCUAGAUGCUUUGAAUGAAAGAAAUAUGACUUAAAAACAGUCCUGCUCGAGGAAUGUAUGAAUUCAUAGGGAGAGAAAAGGCAUCUAAAUACCUAUUAUAAAGUUGAAUGUGGUAAAUGCCACCAGCUAUGUGCAGAGUAUUAAGGAAGCUCAGAAGAAAGAUAUACCUGGGAGGAUCAUUAUAAUUUUUAUUGAGGAGAUGGCAUAAGAGCUGUGAAUAAUUUGUAGAUUUUGACUAGUUUUUAAAAAAUUGUUCUUAAUUUUCCAUAAAAUUUUAUCUAAAGUAAAAAUGAGCAAAUUAUACAGUUUCACAUUUGGAUAAUUCAGCUUCCUGCAUGUUUAUAUUUAUCACCUUUGACUUAGUAGUUCCCAAACCUGGAAGCAUAUCAGAAUCAACUAGCCUUGUAAAGUUCCAGAUUGCUAGGCCUCUCAUGUCAGACUACCUCAUCAGCAUCUCAGGGCUGGGGAGUGGAGUAGGCAGCAAGAAACCCAGGAAUCUGAAUUUGAUAAAAGCUCUCUCCAUAUAAUUCUGUUAUGGCCAGUCAAAGGGUAAUGUUUGGCAAUCUCUGUUAGAUUGUAUGUUUCACAAAUUCCACUUGAUCACAUUUCUUUCAGAAUGUGGAAAGGGACCAAAGAGAAUCUUUGCCCCACCUGCACAAAAAUCUUACAACCUGAUACCUUUUAGCCCUAACUCACCCAAAAAGGAGACCCUGGGGAUCAGUUCCCCAGAGACAGAGGCCAGGAUAAGCCUGCCAAAGGCCAGGUUAAAGAAGGAGGAAAAAGCAACCACAAACAAUGCUUCCAGCAGGGGCCAGGAAAAAAAAAGAAAGGCACAAAACAACAAGCAAGCAGAGAAGAAAGAAAAGGAAAAGUCAAGUCUUACCAAUGCAGAAUUUGAGGAGAUUGUCCAGAUUGUGCUGCAGAAGUCCCUUCAGGAGCGCUUGGGGACGGGAUCUGGCCUUGAUUUUGCAGAGACUUCUUGUGCCCAGCCCAUAGUAUCUACUCAGUCAGACGAGGAGCCAGGAAUUACUGCUUCUGCUACUGAUACUGACAAUGCUGAUGGAGAGGAGGUACCACAUACUCAAGAGAUUUCAGUGUCUUGGGAAGGUGAAGCUGUCCCUGAGAUAAGGACGUCUAAGCUAGGCCAAUCAGAUCCUGCACCCUCUGAGAAGAAAUCCAGUAGACUCUCUUUAAGCAAAAGAAAGAAGGAAGCUGGAGAUGAGAAGGUGGAGAAAACUCAAAGUGGACAUGAGCUCAGACAGAAAGACCAACUAGAGAAAACAGUUCAGGAUCAUUCCCAGAUCAGGGACCAGCAAAAAGGAGAGAUAAGUGGUUUUGAUCAAUGUCUGGUCUGGGUCCAGUGUUCCUUCCCAAACUGUGGGAAAUGGAGGCGGCUGUGUGGGAACGUUGACCCCUCAGUUCUCCCAGAUAAUUGGUCCUGUGACCAGAACACAGACAUGGAGUAUAAUCGCUGUGAUAUUCCUGAGGAGACCUGGACGGGGCUUGAGAGUGAUGUGGCCUAUGCCUCCUACGUCCCAGGAUCCAUCAUUUGGGCCAAGCAAUACGGUUACCCCUGGUGGCCAGGCAUGAUAGAAUCUGAUCCUGACUUGGGGGAAUAUUUUCUUUUUACUUCCCAUCUUGAUUCUCUGCCGUCUAAGUACCAUGUGACAUUUUUUGGAGAAACAGUUUCUCGUGCGUGGAUCCCAGUCAACAUGCUGAAGAACUUCCAGGAGCUGUCCCUGGAGCCAUCAGGCAUGGUGAACACAAGAAAUGCUUGUAUCAGGGAGGUGGAGGUUGCAGUGAUAGUGGAUGAUGCUUUUGUUUCUUGGUUCCUUCAGGAACGGGUUAACUUGUUUGGUUUCUGGAGCCGAUUCAACGGAUCUAACAGUAAUGGGGAAAGAAAAGACUUACAGCUCUCUGGGUUCAACAGCCCAGGAUCCUGCUUGGACAAAAAGGAGGAGAAGGAGGAAGAGUUAGAAAAGGAGGGAAAGCAAAUGGACCCAACUUUGCCCAGUUGCAACCAAGUCAAAACACAGACCAAAAAAGCCAAGCCAAGAGGCAUGGCAGGUGGCCGAGGCAGGACGCUGCAGAGGAAGAUAAUGAAGAGACCUCUGGGCAGGAAAUCCACAUCUCCUCCUGCACCCAGAAUGGAAACGAAAGAAGGCCAAGGGAAUUCAGAUUCUGACCAGCCAGGCCCUAAGAAAAAAUUUAAAGCUCCCCAGAGCAAGGCCUUGGCAGCCAGCUUUUCAGAGGGAAAAGAAGUUAGAACAGUGCUAAAGGACCUGGGCCCAUCAGCACAUGAGGGGGCCUGCCCCUCAGCUGCAAAAGAAGAGCCCAGACCCCGGCAACCCCUGACCCAGAAGGCUGGAAGUGUCUCCCUUGACGACGAAACCUCCAGUGACCUGGACUUGGAGCAACUCAUGGAAGAUGUUGGGAGAGAGCUGGGUCAGAGUGGGGAGCUGCAGCACAGCGACAGUGAUGGCAAGGACUUCCCUGUGGCCCUGUUUGGGAAGUAGCUGGUGCUCCUGUACUCCCUCUUGUUCUCCCUCCUCUGGGGUGCAGGAGGGAGAAGUUGCUAAGUGCUGGGGGUGUUCGUUGUCUAUGAAGUUCAAGUGUGUUGCGUAGUUUCUGUGUUAAUAAAGCAGGUUACGGUCAGCUGGCUUGGCUGGUGUCUAACUGUCCCCUGUUGGCUGCUCCCCCUC